ACGAAAAUUCUGAUGUUGUUGCUUUUCACAUGGGUGGAAUGAAUUGGAUUCGAGUGGAAGUUGACACUUGUGAUUAUACUCCUUUCCGAGGGAGGGCCGUGGUUGUAGGCAAGACUAUAUAUGCCUUGGAUCUAUUUCAAGUGGAUGAGAUUAUAGCAUUCUCCUUGAAGAUGAACAAACGCGACGACGGUAGUAUUGCAUACACACUAAUCAAGCUGUGUAAAUUGGACGGCCUGAAGAUUGCGUCUCCACCAUGUCCAUUUGAUGGGCUUGAGAGUGACUAUUUCGUUCAUUUGGGGAACCAAGACUUUUUUCAUGUUAAGACUGGCACUAAUUAUGAAUUUUACAAGGUUCAACAUAUUUGUAUCACCACUUUUCAAAUAUUUGUUCGAGAAGACGGAAUACAUAUGAUCAAGACCUUACAUUCAAUUGUUCUUCCUAUGGAUAUCGAGGCUUGUGGCCAGUUCAUGCUCACGUUCGGCUUCACUCCAGAGUGCGAGGAUUAUGAACCCAUAGAAGGGGAGAGUGCAGCUAGCAUGAAGCAGCCCAAACAAGAAGAUGAAACCACUAUCGAAGAGAAUUAUUUGAUGUGUGGGAGAUUGAAGCCAAGGAGGAAAUAAGCCUGGGUAGCAUGAGACAGCCAACCAGAAAAAAAACCCAAGGACUGCAAACGGAAAAAUAUAAAAAAUAUAAAAAAAAAUAAAAAGAAAAGAAAGAAGAAGCGGAUUGAAGGAGGAACAUGUAGUAGAAAAUAACAUGUAAUGUAAGUACUUGAGGAGCAGGGAAUCUGUGUUGGAUUAGAUAUUAUUGUGGCGUUUUACUGCCAUCUAGGCCAUUGGUGUUAUAGGGGAAAAACGAUGUUAUUGAUUGUGAUAUUUAGCUGAUAGUUGAUAUG